UUUGACGUCUAGCUAAACCGAUAUAUAGGGUAAUGUGCCGACAUUCACUGAAUUUAAUGUUAUAAAAAGUUCGCUGAAACAAACCACGAAGAGUAUUAAAUAUGACAAGACAAGUGGAUGUGAAAGCAUUAAUUUCCCAUCUAGUCAGAGGGGAUGGCACCGAAAAAUGUCGUAUUUGUAUGGGUGAAACAACAGAGGGCCAAGUUUACCUUGGAGAUACUGUAAUGGUGGACGGAGAGAAGCCCGUGACCUUAGCUGAACUAUUAGAACAAAUCACGGGAGUCGAGGUAACAGUGGAAGAUAACCUGCCCGACGUUCUAUGCUCGGCCUGCUCAUUCUCAGCAUUAUCCGCAGCAGAGUUCAGAAACUUCUGCCAGAAAGCCAUAGAGCAAUGGCAUAACACAGUAAAAUUACUGGAGGAGGUCACCACCUUUCAUCCUGUAAACGCAUCCAAGAUUUAUGCUGUCGUAUCUGACAACGAAAUAUCCAUCACCGAAGACUCAUUAAGACAAAAUAAAACAAUCAAACAUUCGCCUAUUAAAAGUAAAGAAUAUGGUAAAAGCUUACAAUGCUCAUGUCCGAACUGUGGGAAGACAUUUUCAUAUGCAUCAGAUUUGUAUGAUCAUUUGAAAGGAUCGACGGACUUGACUCGGGCUUGCUAUGUGUGCGCAAGGAUAAUGUCUGAAGAUGAUCUGGUGGAGCAUCUAAGAGAAAAACACAAUAAAAAGCCAUUCAACUGUAACAAAUGUGCUGUUCUGCUCCGCUCGUACAAACAUUACAAGAAGCACAUGGCAGACGCUCACAGGCCCGGUGUGUGUACGUGUGGGGACUGUGGACGAUCAUUCAAAUCUCUGCCGGCAUACAACGCUCAUCUAUCAGUACACACUCCAAAGACCUGUCCAAAGUGCUCUAAACUGUACCGAAACCAAACUUGUUACCUUUAUCACGUUAAAAGGUGCUGUGAGUUGAGCCGGGAAAGCCGGGAAAUACAUCAAACGAAGAAUAAACUAUCGGUUUUGGUUAAGAGUGAUCAGAGGUCAGUCAAAGUUGGUCUCCGGGGCAGUAGGAACACUGAAUGUAUAUGUGACUAUUGUCAGAAGAGGUUUGCCGGAAAGAAAUUUGUAGCGACUCACAUUCAGAUUGUGCAUAUGAAAUCCACUCACCGCCCCUGCGUGUAUUGUGGAAAAUACCUCGCUGCUGCUCACAUGCCAGUCCACUUGAAGAGACAUGAAACAUCGGAGACCUUCAAAUGUGAACUAUGCAAUAUUGUACUAAAAUCGAAACUAGGCUAUCAACAACAUCUAAGACUACACUCCGGAGAGAAACCUUAUGUGUGUAAAUACUGCGAUGAAAGAUUCUCUGCUUCGUCAAGGCGGUCGGAGCAUGUCCGCAAGGCACACAGACAGAGUGAUACGGUCUUGAGACACUCAUGUGCCGUCUGUCCUGCUAAGUUCAGGCUACCCUACCAGCUCAGGAAGCAUGUUUCCUCCGUACAUCACAUAGACAAACCAGGGUCCUUUGAUUGUGAAAUUUGCAAAGUAAAAUUUGCAAGUUGUAGAGCUCUAUUGGUUCACCACAGAAACAUUCACACAACGGCCAAUUAUUUGGCCAACAUUGGGCUCGAGAAAAACGCGGCUACUCUCUACGUUGUAGCCGCAAAAGAUUUUCGAACUUACCGCAGCAAGAGAAAGAUUGAAAAUCACUCGCAACUUGUAAAAGAUUUGGGAGCCAAAAUCAGUACGCGGUCGGCACGCAUGAAAGGUCCAGAACGUUCCAGAAUGGCUUGUCCCGAAUGCGGGAAGUGUUUUAAGAACGCGGUGCGGUUUAAUGCUCACAUUAGGAAUUUGAAAAUGAAGUAUUGCACGCAGUGCGGACGUUUAGUGAACUUGAAUUCUUACGGAGCUCACGCUGAAAAUGAUCACAACGCGAGGGUGUUCCGAUGUAAGAAAUGCCCGGAGGUGUUCGCGAGGUAUUCGUAUUUGGAAAAACACAAAACCAAGCACAUCGGUGUACAUUGCUGCGUUGAGUGUAAACGUAGCUUUCGCAACGCAACGAGUCUGUGGACGCACUUACGGAAACACCAACCGGCGGUGUGUGCUUGCGGUAAAAAGUUCACGAAUGGAAUAUGUUUUAGAAAACACGGAAAAACGUGCCCAAGUAACAGGGGCGCCGUUCGAUACGUCUGCGACUAUUGCUCGAAAGAAUACAGCGUUAGGACUACCCUCAAAUUUCACAUAUUCAAUGCGCACAUGUCGCUAAAGAAAUUCCAGUGCGAUAAAUGCGGAAAGGUUUUCGGUAAUCGUUCGCACUUGGAGGAACAUGGGCUGGCGUGGUUUCAGGUGGCGGACGAAGACGCCCUUCCACCCGGGGUCUGCAGGCAUUGCUCCGAGGAUACCAUGGCCGCUUACAACUUCAGACAGCUGUGUGAUACAUCGAAAAAGCGUUGGUCCAGUGCCGCGGAGCUUCUAUCGCGGAUUCACGCGAACGCCGACAGUGGAACUCUCUUUUUCCUAUACGACGACGCUAUCUUGCUCCUGAAAGACAAAAUAAGCACCACAGAUACAAGAGCGGCCUCAGAUUUGCUGAACUCGAAGUUUGACGAGGAAACAGAGCAGAAACCGCGCAAAUACCAAAGAUCGUAUCAGCCGCCUCUAGAAUGUUCUUGUCCCGAGUGCGGCAAGACCUUCCAGAACGUUCAGUAUUUGAACUAUCAUUUGAAGAGUUCGUUGAAUUGCGCGUGUAGAACCUGCGCUUUGGUCAUGCAGAAGAGAUUCAUUCCGGAGCACAUGAGGGUCGAGCAUGGCGUCUCCGUGGCUCACUGUCGGAUGUGUUACGCGGUUUUCGAAGACCAAGAGUCAGUUAAGCGUCACUUGCUAUCGUCUCACGGCCCUAAUUCGUUCUCUUGCAAUACGUGCGGCACCGGCUUCAGCGGCCAGAGAGCCUUGCGCGCUCACAUGUACUCGCACACGUUGUUCGACUGUAAGUCCUGCUCCAGGACAUUUGAGAAUCGUAAAUGCUUCAAGCAUCACCAGAGAGGAUGCAAACGCGAGGUCUCGCCAAUUGAAUCCACGUUCAUAUGCGACUAUUGUAAAAUAGAAUAUAACAAAAAACCAUCUCUGAAAGUGCACAUAAUACAGAAACAUUUGAACGUGUUGCCGUAUGUUUGUCAGAAGUGCGGGAAGCGGGCGUCGACCGUCGCGCAUUUGCAGUCGCACCUCAGGACCCAUAACCACGUGAGGAAGGUGUUUGAGUGUCACUGCGGUGCUAAAAUGACCACGGAAUUGGGUUAUCGGCUCCACCAGAGGAUACACUCUGGCGAGAAGCCGUACGAGUGCAAGAGGUGCGGCGAAAGGUUUUUGUCGUCUUCGAGGCGCUUAGACCACAUCAAGAGGCGGCACAUGGGCACCCAGAACAUGCCGCACGCAUGCGACAAGUGCCCCGCGAGAUUUCUAAGAGAAGAUCCCCUGUGUCCCAACGGGGCCUGCGUCUCGUGCGCCAGCUCCGCCCUGGCUGUCCAAGAGUUCAGAAUGUUCGUUCAGAACUCACAAAAAUCCUGGUACAAAGUUAUAAAUAGCCUGUCCAGUAUAACGGCGCCGGUCGUACCACAGGUGAAGUCUUUAUGCGCAUUCGUGAGCUCGAACGACUUGAGCGUGCAAAUCACGAAGAAUUACACGACUGGCGACCCUAAAGCGUUGGUUAACAGGUUCCAAAGUAGAAUUUCCAGGAAGCCACCGAAGAGAUUGCGCGUGGACCGCACCGGUCCUGACUGUGCGUGUCCUGACUGCGGGAAAACCUUCUCCAGCCCCCAUUUCUUGAACGCUCAUCUCAUGAACAGCGGGCAGAAGGAAGCCUGCCUCAUUUGUGGGGAUGUUGUCUUAAGACGCGACCCCAUGCUUGCGCACAUGAAAACCGUCCACAAAAGCACCUUUUACCUGUGCAAGGAAUGCCCCUUGCUUUUUACAACCGAAGCCGACCGCGUUCAGCACGUUGCCAAACAUCACAAGCCCGGCGCCCUGACAUGCUCCGACUGCGGUAGAACCUUCCCUAGGAAAGAGUCCUUUGAUCACCACACGCAAAUGCACAUGGUGCGAACUUGUCGCUCCUGCGGCUGUCAGUUCACUAACCGCGGUUGCUACAGGGAGCACAGGUCCCAGUGCGAGCCGGAGGCCAAGCCCGAUGUCCAUGGUCUCCCGCGGACGAAGCGCUACAACGUACGCGAUCCCGCCUCGUUUACUUGCGAUUACUGUAAUAAGACAUACUCCUCGCGACCUCAACUGAAGAAUCAUAUACUCUGGAUCCACAUGGACAUUCGACCUCACCAGUGCCAGUGGUGCGGCAAACGUUUCUACACUCCGGCUAGAUUGGCGGAACAUUCUGUGGUCCACACGCGCGUCAGGAACUUCGAAUGUGAUAUUUGCGGUGCGAAAUUGGUCAGUAAAAUGGCUGCGGUUUACCACAAAAGGCGGCACACGGGAGAGAGGCCCUACAAGUGCGAUGAUUGCGGCGAGGGCUUCAUAUCCGCCUCGCGUAGGACGGAGCACGCCAAGCGAAGGCACAACAGGGGUAAGAGGCUUCAGUGCCCCGAAUGUCCGGCGACGUUUAUCAGGAAAUGUGAGGUUCAAAAGCACAGGAUCAAAGCCCACGGCGUUACUGAAGUUUAUAACAUUAUAACAGAUAUGAAAUCGUGAGUGAGGCUGUUUGUCUCAACUGGUGCUAAGGACGCGUCCUUACUUUGGUGUAUUGACAUUGUUCGUGUCAAUGUCUCCGCAUUUAAGGCCAGUGUCGUCUGACAGAGCAAAGUUGGAACAGGGACAAUCUUUUUGUAGUCUUUUUUUUGUAAGUGCUAUUAGUUAGUGAAUAAAUUGUAAAUAAUAAAGUUAUAUAUUUAAACAUUGGUGAACCUCUGUCACGCGCCAAUGCCAGGGGCACAGCCAAGCCGCUGCCUACAGUUAAAUAUUGUUCACAAGCCUCGUUUGAAGAAGGACAUGUCAUAGCGCUCGGGAAAAACCUUGGAAGAGAGCUCAUUCCAAAGCCGGUUUGGUACAUGGGAAAAAAACAAUCUGUAAACGCCCUGUUGAUGAACACAGUGGCUCCAGGGAUGAACUCUACUCCGGUGGCGGGCGGUGUGAUGGUAAAAAUGAGAUGGUGAGGUCAUCUCAAACAAUUCCCCAGAGAACUCUGAUGUGCUGAGUUUUUGAGUUUCAAUUUACCACUUUUAACCGGAUACUUUUUCAACUAUUCUUAAACGUAAAGCAGGUUUACUUACAUCUACCCUCCAUUAUCUUUCAGUAUUUGAUGUUUUUGGUUUUGAACCGAAAUCUCCCAAGUUAACGUGUUCUUUUGUUUCUGUGGUUAAUAAACUCUGACAGGGCUGAAGUGAUGCUACUGAAUAGCAUCAGUCGUUUAUUAUUUAGUAGGUACAUAUCUUCUGCCAUAACCAUAAAUUGUCAGCAACGCAUGCAUGUCAAAAGUACAUAAAUCUUCUAUUCUGAUUGUAAUCGUGCUGUCUAAAAAGCGUUCAAUAUUUUUGUAUGAAAGAUGAAGAGGCUUCACUGUGCAAUUAAAUUUUGUUGAUAUCAAUAAAAAUGUUUUUAAAGAA